UGCGUGAGCAGCCCGCGCGCUGACCGCCACUGCCCACCUGUCCGCCGCACCACUGCCGCACCAUGUCUGGCUCUUACGACGAGGCCUCGCUAGCUCCGGAGGAGACCACUGACAGCUUCUGGGAGGUGGGGAACUACAAGCGGACUGUGAAGCGCAUCGAUGAUGGGCACCGGCUGUGCAAUGACCUGAUGAGCUGCGUGCAGGAGCGCGCCAAGAUCGAGAAAGCCUAUGCGCAGCAGCUCACCGACUGGGCCAAGCGCUGGCGCCAGCUCCUUGAGAAAGGCCCACAGUAUGGGAGCUUGGAGCGGGCCUGGGGUGCCAUAAUGACGGAGGCCGACAAGGUGAGCGAGCUGCACCAGGAGGUGAAGAACAGCCUGCUGAAUGAGGACCUGGAGAAGGUCAAGAACUGGCAAAAGGAUGCCUACCACAAGCAGAUCAUGGGCGGCUUCAAGGAGACCAAGGAGGCUGAGGAUGGCUUCCGCAAGGCCCAGAAGCCCUGGGCCAAGAAGAUGAAGGAGCUAGAGGCAGCCAAGAAGGCCUACCAUCUGGCCUGCAAAGAGGAGAAGCUGGCCGUGACCAGGGAGAUGAACAGCAAGACGGAGCAGUCAGUCACACCCGAGCAGCAGAAGAAGCUGCAGGACAAAGUGGACAAGUGCAAGCAGGAUGUGCAGAAGACGCAGGAGAAGUAUGAGAAGGUGCUGGACGACGUGGGCAAGACCACGCCCCAGUACAUGGAGGGCAUGGAGCAGGUGUUUGAGCAGUGCCAGCAGUUUGAGGAAAAGCGGCUGGUCUUCCUCAAGGAGGUGCUGCUGGACAUCAAACGUCAUCUCAACCUGGCCGAGAGCAGCAGCUACAUCCAAGUGUACCGGGAGCUGGAGCAGGCCAUCCGGGGUGCUGAUGCCCAGGACGACCUCAGAUGGUUCCGCAGUACCAGCGGCCCUGGCAUGCCCAUGAACUGGCCCCAGUUUGAGGAGUGGAACCCAGACCUCCCUCACACCGCCGCCAAGAAGGAAAAACAGCCUAAGAAGGCAGAGGGGGCAGCGCUGACCAAUGCUGCUGGCGUGGUGGAGUCCACGUCUCAGGCUGGGGACCGUGGCAGUGUUAGCAGCUACGACAGGGGCCAGACUUACGCCACCGAGUGGUCGGACGAUGAGAGCGGGAACCCAUUUGGCGGCAAUGAGGCCAACGGAGGCUCCAACCCCUUCGACGAGGAUGCCAAGGGAGUGCGUGUGCGGGCGCUCUACGACUAUGACGGCCAGGAGCAAGACGAGCUCAGCUUCAAGGCCGGAGACGAGCUCACCAAGCUGGGCGAGGAGGACGAGCAGGGUUGGUGCCGCGGGCGGCUGGACAGCGGGCAGCUGGGCCUCUACCCCGCCAACUACGUGGAGGCCGUCUAGCGGCCCUGCCCCCCAGCUCCUCACCCGCCGCCCCCCUCCCUGCAGCCUCCCGCCCCCGCACCCACUCCCCGCCAUAGAGUUCCAGACAUAUUUUCCGAUCAAGCUUUUAUUUUUUUAAAAGUCAAAACAGAACAAAACAAAAAAUAUAAAGAGACGGAGCAUUUGCAGGGACGCCUGGAGGCCAGGGUGGUGGGACUUCGGGUGAUGGCCCCAGGGCAGGUGAGGGUUUAGGACUUAGCCCGACAGCGACAUCAUCACAUCUGCUCUUCAGAUCCCACCAAAGAGUCUCCUGCGCCCAGAGGGGUGUCUCCUGGACCCUUCCAUCCUCGGUGCCCCACCCCCACUCCCACCCCAACCCCAGGCUGCCAGCGCCUGCCCCCGGUCUCCCAGCCUGGUUUUCUUGCCCUCUGUCUCCUGCCCCACCCUGCUCCCCUCCCACCACCUACUCUCAGAGGCCUCCUCUGAAGACCCCCAAGAAGGGGGCCACCCCUUUAGUCUUCCACUCUGCCUGGGGGAGUGCCCUUCCCCUAGCCUCGUCCCUGAGGACUGGUGGGGCUGGAGGAGGCAUGGUCACCCCCGUCUUCUCCCACAGAGGUUUCCGGGGUCCCUAGACUCCCCAAGACAAGAAGAGGGGUUAGCUGGAGUUGCGGGCAGUGUCACUGGUGUAGGAGGGGUGAAUAGGAUUGCGCUCAGGGGAGGGGCUAGGACCCCACUGGGGCCCUUUUCCAGCUGUCGACAGGUUGGGCCCAGUCUCUUCCUCAGAGCCAGACCCCCACUCCAGUCACGAGCAGAGGCCCCAUCCCGCUCUCAGGCAGCGGGGAGGGGGCCCCAAAGCCCAGGGCAAAGCCAGCAACAGUAGCAGCCUCCUCCCGUUUCCUGGGGAGGAGGGCAUCUUGCCCUCCCUCCCACCCUCUCUCUCUCUCUCCUCUCCCUCCAAGUCCGCUGAAAACUGUAGAUCCAUCAGGCUAAACUGGCCUCGCCUCCUCCCUCCUCCGCGCCCCUGCUCUGGCCUGCCCAGGGAGACUCCGCGGAGGACCAGGGGGGGAAAGCCUGCGGCCGGUGGGGAGGGCCUUGGGUCUGCAGGGGCCCUGGCCUCCGGAGCAGCACCAUCACGGGGUCUUUCUCCCUCAUCCAUCCCCCAACUCCAGCCCUGGCCCCUCGCAGCCCCUCCCGCUGGCGGCCCCCAUCUCUGCAAGCCUGGGUCUCAGUGAGAGGACUCCUGUGGGCGGGAGGGGGCCGAAUGUCUUCCGAGAGCAGCAGUGUCUCCUGAGGUGGGUGACAGGAGGCCGUGCAGGACUACUGGGUGUUCGUACCAGGGACCAACCAGCCUCGCCCAUAGAAUGGGAAGCCGCCCCGGGCAGGCCAGGACCCCCAGGAGGGGGAACGACAGAAGCGGAGUCUCUGAGGCCCUGAGACUUCCUGCAGCAGCAGGUGAGGUCGCUGCUCCCGGCUGAUGUUCCCGCUGAGCCUCGGGCCUGCGGACACCCGGCGUGCUCUGCCCUGGCGGUGCUUGGCCGCCCCGGCCUCCAGGUAACGAAAGCGUAAUCCCCGGCCCCUCUGCCAGCCUGGGUCUUCUUUUGCUCCCUGCUGCGUUUGCCCAGAGCCCACUCAGGAGGUCCCAGACCCCAGCCUCCAGGUCCUGUACCUAGUCCUGUGGGCACAGAAGACCCUGGCAGAGGCGCUGGGGCGGGCCUCCCUCGGGGCCAAGGGACUCUGGGGGUUUGAGGACCCCAGGGCCCUGCAGACCUUCCCCUUCCAGCACCCCGUUCUCGUCCCUGUCUGCUGCAGCCUGAGGUGUGACCCAGGCCCCUGAGGGCCUGAAGCAGGAUUCCAGAAGCCCUCUGGCCUCCAAACCCCCCAACUGAAGCCUCUUCAGCUUCUCCCCCAGGCAGGAAUUGGGGUAGGGGGCCUCCGUCCUCGCAAGGCAGGAAGCCCGCCCAUUUGCACCCUGGGGCCUGGGCUCGCCUCUCCCUGCCCGCGGCUUCCCGGUGCCCGGGUGGGGCUGUGACCCUGGCUGGGCCCCAGGCCGGUCCCCCUCCACACUCCAGCUGCCAGCUCCAGGGCGGAGACUCGAAACCCGUUUCCUUCUGAGCAACCACCUCCACGGGCCCACGGGGGACCCAGCUCUCUUAUCCCCAGGCCCCUCAGGACCCCAGGGAAGGAGGGUCUCCCACCCGAAGUCCCCCUGAGCCCCACGUGCUGGCGUUGGGCACUCAACACCGAGCGUGGGUGCCCGCACCCACCACCUCUUGUAGCCUCUCCCCCCCCUCGCCCACCCCCUUGAUGCUGCGUGGGCCUCCCCGCGGGGCUCGGGGCUCGGCGGUGAGUACUGUGUUCUGUCCCCAGUGAAGCCCCGUUUCCGUGGCCCGGCUCUGCAAGGAGCCAGGGCUGCCCUGCCACCCGCCACCCCAGGCUUCCUGACUCCAUUAGUCCAACACUUGUGAAACUCCGAGAAGUGCUGUGGUCUCAGCAACGCACCUGUUUUGUACAUGAUUGUGUAAUUUAAAGGUGUAUAAAUGCAGAUAUAUAUAUAUAUAAGUUGUGAUUGUACAACUGUGGAUAAAAUCCAGAACUGUGUCAACCUG